AUGGCGGCAGCUGCGCUGAGGGACCCGGCUCAGCAUUUUGUGACCUUUGAGGACGUGGCCAUUUACUUCUCCCAGGAGGAGUGGGAGUUCCUUGAUGAGACUCAGAGGCGACUGUACCACAAUGUGAUGCUGGAGAACUUGGCACUCAUAAAAUCCCAAGGAUGUUGGUAUGGAACAGCAGAUGACAAGGCACCUUCUGCACUGAGUGUUUUUGAAGAAUUGUCACAGGGCAGGACUCCAAAGGCAGGUCCAUCCAGCCAUAAAACUCAACCCUGUGAGACUUGUAUCCCAGUCCUGAAGGAUACUGUUGACAUAGAUGAGUUGCAAGCCACAUUCUAUGGACAGAAAUCACACUUGGAUAGGACAUCAAGAGGUUUCUGGUUGAGUGCAAACCUUUACCAGCUCCAGAAGCUUGAUAAUGGAGAGAAAGUCUUAACAAUGGACGUGGACCAAGCCUCAUAUGAGAAGAACUGCAGAUUUCAUGUGUCAGGGAAACUCUUCAGCUUUGAGGAGGUUGCAAAAGACUUUUCAGCCACCUCAGGCCUUCUCCAGCAUCAGGCCAUUACCAACAGUGAAAGGCCACAUGGCAAUAGACACUACAGAGUUCCCACUGGAAGAAAGCCUUCCAAGUGUAUUGAAUCUGUGAAAUUUUUUAGUAAGAAAUCUGUACUUACUCAACACCAAAAUGUUCACACUAGAGAAAGGCCUCAUGUGUGCAAUGAGUGUGGGAAAUCAUUUCACCAGAAAUCUGUUCUCAUUCAACACAAGAAAGUUCACACUGGAGAAAGGCCUUACGAAUGCAGUGAAUGUGGGAAAUGCUUCAGCCGAAGCUCUGCCCUUCUUCAGCAUCUGAGAGUUCACACUGGAGAACGGCCAUAUGAGUGCAGUGAAUGUGGAAAAUCCUUUAGCCACAGCACUAACCUCAAUCGUCACAGGAGAGCCCAUACUAGAGCAGGGCCUUAUGAGUGCAGUGAAUGUGGGAAAUCAUUUAGUUGCAAUACCCACCUCAUUCGCCACCAAAGGUUUCACAGUGGAGAAGGGCCUUAUGAGUGCAAUGAAUGUGGGAAAUCAUUUAGCCAGAAAUCUGUACUCAUUCAACACCAGAGAGUUCACACUGGAGAAAGGCCUUAUGAGUGCAGUGAAUGCGGAAAAUUUUUUAGCCAUAGCUCUGGCCUCUUUCUACACAGGAGAGCUCACACUAGAUCAAGGCCUUAUGAGUGCAGCAAAUGUGGGAAAUCAUUCAGUUGCAAAACUGUCCUCAUUCGCCACCAGACAGUUCAUGAUGGAGUAAGGCCUUAUGAGUGCAGUGAAUGUGGGAAAUCUUAUCGCCAGAAAUCUGUCCUCAUUCAACACCAGACAGUUCACACUGGACAAAGGCCUUAUGAGUGUAGUGAAUGUGGCAAAUCCUAUAGCCAAAGCUCUGCCCUUGUUCAGCAUCUGAGAGUUCACACUGGAGAAAGGCCAUAUGAGUGCAGUGAAUGUGGGAAAUCUUUUACCCGCAAAAACUACCUCAUUGAACAUAGGACCGUUCACACUGGGGAAAGACCUUAUGAGUGCCAUGAGUGCGGCAAAUCUUUUCGCCAGAUAUCUUCCCUCAUUCGACAUCAAAGAGUUCACACUGCAGCCUUAUGGCUGCAGUGA